AUCAGGACUGGGGAGUAGUGAACUUAAAUACAGACUUGGGUAUUGGAAGGCUUAGAAGCCAGUGCCUACAGCUUAAGACUCAAUCCUACAUUCUAUCUUUUCUGACCCCCAGAUGCUUUAGGCUCAUGGAAAACCACUCCAGCAUCUCAGAGUUUUUCCUGCAAGGAAUAUCAGGGUUUCCAGAACAACAACAGCUACUCUAUGGGCUUUUCCUAUGUAUGUAUCUUGUCACCUUGACUGGGAAUGUGCUCAUCAUCCUGGCCAUUGGCUCUGACCCACAUCUCCACACUCCUAUGUACUUCUUUUUGGCCAACCUGUCAUUUGCUGACAUGGGUUUAAUAUCCUCUACAGUGACGAAGAUGCUAUUUAAUGUUCAGACUCAGCACCACACCAUCUCCUACACUGGUUGUCUCAUCCAGAUGUAUUUCUUCCUGAUGUUUGGUGAUCUGGACAGCUUCUUCCUGGCUGUGAUGGCCUAUGACCGUUAUGUGGCCAUCUGCCGCCCUCUCCAUUAUUCCACAAUCAUGAGUGCCCGAUUCUGUGUGCUGAUGCUUGCCCUGUGCUGGGUCCUCACCAACGUAGUUGCCUUGACUCACACUCUCCUCAUGGCUCGACUGUCUUUCUGCGUUUCUGGGGAAAUAGCUCACUUUUUCUGUGACAUUACUCCUGUCCUGAAGUUAUCAUGCUCUGACACUCAUAUCAAUGAGCUAAUGGUUUUUGCCUUAGGAGGCACAGUACUCAUGGUCCCCUUUGUAAGUAUUGUCAUCUCCUACAUCCACAUUGUAUUUGCUGUCCUUAGGGUUAGAACCCCUGGUGGGGGUACAAAGGCUUUUUCUACAUGUAGUUCCCACCUCUGUGUGGUCUGUGUUUUCUAUGGGACGCUCUUCAGUGCCUACUUGUGCCCCCCCUCUGUAGUCUCAGUAGAAAAGGACAUUGCAGCUGCUGCAGUGUAUACAGUGGUGACUCCCAUGUUGAACCCCUUCAUCUACAGCCUAAGGAACAAGGACAUGAAGGGGGCCCUGAAGAGGCUCCUCUGUAGUAGGAGAAUUUUCUCUUCCUAA